AUCCCCUAAGCAGUAGCAGCCCAUGCUUUCAUCUGCCUCCAUUCCAUCUUCUCCUCUUUCUGUCUCUCUCACACACACACAUCGUUUGGUUUUGUGACCAUGGAGAGGACGAGAGGGUUCUUGGGAUCGUGCUGCCUGCUCCUGUGCCUGGCCGCUGUCGUGGUGGCCGAGCCACUGCCGCAGUACUACAAUGCUAUCUUCAGCUUCGGCGACUCCUUCUCGGACACGGGCAACUUCGUCAUCAUCAACUCCGGCAAGCUGCCCAACAUGCCCAAGUUCCCGCCGCCCUACGCGCGCUGCUCCAACGGCCGCCUCGUCAUCGACUUCCUCGCCGAGGCGUUCGGGCUGCCGCUACUGCCGCCGUCCGCGAACAAGGGCGUCAACUUCAGCCAGGGCGCCAAUUUCGCCGUGAUGGGCGCCACCGCGCUGGACCUCAAGUACUUCAAGGACAACAACGUGUGGAGCAUCCCGCCGUUCAACACCUCCAUGAGCGUCCAGCUCCAGUGGUUCGACGAGGUCAAGCAGACCAUCUGCUCCGAACCGCAAGAGUGCCGCGAGUUCUUCGGGAAGGCACUGUUCGUGUUCGGCGAGUUCGGCGGCAACGACUACAGCUUCGCGUGGAAGGCGGAGUGGAGCCUAGAGAAAGUGAAAACGAUGGUGCCGCAGGUGGUGGCCUCCAUGGUGCGCGGCAUCGAGCAACUCCUGGACGAGGGCGCGCGGCACGUGGUGGUGCCGGGGAACCUCCCAGCCGGGUGCAUCCCCAUCACGCUCACCAUGUAUCCCUCCGAGGACCGGUCCGAGUACGACCCGCGCACCGGCUGCCUCAAGAAGUACAACAACGUCGCCCUCUACCACAACGCCAUGCUCCGCAUCGCCCUCGACCAGCUCCAGCGCCGCCGCCCCGAGUCCCGCAUCGUCUACGCUGACUACUACACCCCCUACAUCCAGUUCGCGCGCACCCCCCACCUCUACGGGUACAAGCGGGGCGCGCUGAGGGCGUGCUGCGGCGGCGGCGGGCCGUACAACUACAACAUGAGCGCGUCCUGCGGGCUGCCCGGCGCCACGACGUGCGAGGACCCCGACGCGCACGUGAGCUGGGACGGCAUCCACCUCACCGAGGCGCCCUACCGCUUCAUCGCCAACACCUGGCUCAAGGGACCCUACGCGCACCCGCCCAUCGCCAGCGUCGUCCGCGACGACAUGGUCUACUGAUCAACGAGUCCGUCCGUCCGUCAACGGACAGGGCCGUGUCACGGCGAGCGAACGAAGGUGACCUCCAAGGCGAUGGAUCGAUGUUGGAGAGAGUGGGAGAGCUAACGUGGAUUCCAUUUGUUCAUGUAUAUUGGGGAGUAAAUCUAUUACUUUGUUU